AUGUCUUGGAUGUCUAGCCCCCAUGUUACAUCUGGAUCGGCGUGCCUUUCAGGGCGAUGCUAUAUCAACACCAUCUCCACAUCUCAGACCCCCAUUACUUCGAUCAUUGGACUGUUGAUUCGCCGAAGCAUCACGCUGAAUCGUGAAUCCUGUAUCGUACCAUCCGCAGAUAAUCUCUGCCAUCCCUCGUCAGGCUGUCUCGCGGCUUCCAGCCGGCGAGUCCGCCCGAAGUGCCCAUUUUUCCGCGGUGGGCGCAGUCAUGAGGCUAAAUUAAAGUCAGGGAUUAUGUUGGAUUGUCCUGGUAGGAGUGGCAGGAGGCUCGGAGGACUGCGGACCACGAACCCCUUCACCGGAGUCCUCGCUUCGCCUGACCGCAAGCCUCCUGAUCGCACCAGUUCUUCUAUGCGCCUACGGACCUUGCUUAAAGAAGAGCGCCGCAGGAAGCGCUUCACUCUUCGGGGCCAAGGAGACAUGGAAAAGAAGAUCCGAGCUUUCUCCGGAUCAGGGCAACCGGAGGCUCAGACACCAAGACUUUGCGCUGUAGCCGUCUGCUUUCGGGUUCGUUCCGGACAUCUCCCGCCUCCAGAUCCCGUCUCGAAUCCUUCGCGCUUACUUGCCCCUUCACAAGCUGCGGGGCUACCAAUCACUGAUCUCUCCUCCUUUUCUCCUAAGAUUAUGCAAAUAUACGAGCGUAAUAUCCUGGGACUUCAAGGGCGAAGAGCCGCCCGAGAUUUCUGCCAGUUACUUCCUCGCCAAGUGAUUGCAGGCCAAGGAGAUACUAGAGAUACGGGGAUUCUCACGUUAGAUUGA